AUGCCGACAUUGUUCUUAUCACAGUGUGUUGAUGGGGUCAAGUAUGCGUUCCCCAAAGCCAUGGCCCACCUGGAUGAAUCCUGCAAGUAUCGUCGCGUCUUUGGCCACUGGGAGCAAGUCAAAGCAUGGCCCAGAAUUGCCAAGUACUUGGCAAGCGACAAGCGUCAAAAGUAUGGUAAUGGUAUUUAUCGACACUAUCCUGACGGAGACGUGGUUCCUGAGACAGUUGCCGCAUCGACGUGA